CGGGGAAACAUGGCUGGGACCCUCGAUCUCCUGUCCACCCCCGCCUCGAUCCGGCUGCUCCUGCUUCUCCACGUCUCUUUAUCCUUCUGGCUGCAGAGGAGCCGCUGCACGGAGGAGGAGGCGCAGGAGUUUUUCAGUCCGGACCCUUUGCCGGAAUCCGCCUUGCAAAAGCCCACCGUCUUCUUAGCCAUCCUCGCCAGGAACGCGGCCCACUGCCUGCCCCAUGUCCUCGGCUGCGUGGAGAGGCUGCGGUACCCCAAGAACAGGAUCGCCAUCUGGGUAGCCACGGACCACAAUGUCGACAACACAACGGGUAUCCUGAGGGAGUGGUUGAAGAAUGUACAAAAGAUGUAUCACUAUGUGGAGUGGAGGCCAAUGGAUGACCCUCAGUCUUAUCCUGAUGAGAUUGGGCCCAAACACUGGCCAAACUCCAGGUUUACCCACGUGAUGAAGCUGCGGCAGGCAGCUCUGAGAACUGCCAGAGAAAAAUGGUCUGACUACAUCAUGUUCAUAGAUGCUGAUAACUUCCUGACAAACCCAGAAGUGCUGAAUCUGUUGAUAGCAGAGAACAAGACCAUUGUGGCACCAAUGCUUGAAUCACGCACUCUCUACUCAAACUUCUGGUGCGGAAUGACUCCUCAGGGUUACUACAAAAGAACACCAGAUUACGUCCUGAUCAGGGAAUGGAAGAGGGUCGGUUGCUUUGCUGUUCCGAUGGUCCACUCCACGUUUCUGAUCGAUCUGAGAAAAGAGGCCUCAGAUCAGCUGAUGUUUUAUCCCCCACAUCAGGACUAUACCUGGACCUUUGAUGACAUCAUUGUCUUUGCCUUCUCCAGUCGCCAAGCAGGCAUUCAGAUGUACAUCUGCAACAGAGAACAUUACGGGUAUCUCCCUGUGCCCCUGAAACCUCACCAGAUGCUGGAGGAGGACACUGACAACAUUGUUCAUGUGCUGAUUGAGGCAAUGAUUGACCGUCCAGCCAUUGAACCGUCUGACUACAUCACAGUUCCUCCAAAGCAACCAGACAAGAUGGGAUUUGAUGAGAUUUUCAUGAUAAAUCUGAAACGUCGGAAGGACAGGCGAGACAGAAUGCUACAAACAUUGUAUGAGCAGGAAAUUGCAAUCAAGCUGGUAGAAGCUGUGGAUGGAAAGGCCUUGAAUACGAGCCAACUCAAAGCCCUCAACAUAGACAUGCUUCCUGGUUACCGGGAUCCUUACUCCUCGAGGGUACUAACCAGAGGGGAGAUUGGCUGCUUCCUUAGCCACUACUACAUAUGGAAGGAGGUGGUGGACAGGGAGAUGGAGAAGACCCUGGUUAUUGAAGAUGAUGUGCGCUUUGAGCAUCAGUUCAAGAAGAAGCUCACCAAGCUGAUGGAUGACAUUGAGAAAGCCCAGCUAGACUGGGAACUCAUUUACAUUGGCCGGAAACGGAUGCAAGUGGAGCGUCCCGAGAAGGCAGUUCCCAAUGUCAUGAACCUCGUGGAAGCCGAUUACUCUUAUUGGACACUUGGCUACGCCAUCUCCUUGCAGGGAGCUCAGAAAUUGAUUGAUGCUCAGCCAUUUGGCAAGAUGCUGCCGGUCGACGAAUUCCUGCCAGUUAUGUACAACAAGCACCCAGUUGCCAAGUACAUGGAAUACUAUGAACCAAGAGACCUGAAAGCCUUUUCUGCAGAGCCUCUGCUGAUCUAUCCAACCCAUUACACCGGUCAGCCGGGCUAUCUCAGUGACACAGAGACCUCCACAAUCUGGGACAAUGAGACUGUGGCCACAGACUGGGACAGAACGCUGUCUCGGAAAUCACGGCAGCAGGGCCAGAUCCACACAGAUGCCCAGAACAAGGAUGCCUUGCCGCCUCAGCCCUCUCUGGAUGCAUCGUCUGCGAGGGACGAACUAUGACUGCUCACUUGGCUGAGGGACCUUCACGACAGCUGGACCUGCCUGAUGUUCCCUUGGGGGUGGUGGUGCUAGAAGCUUCCAGAGAUCUUAUUGUGCUGUUUUGAUAGGCAAACAAGUAACUUUGAUUGGAUGCGUGUUGCGGUUUUUUGUGGGGGAGAUGCUGACCCUGAAUGAGUCAAGCUAGCAGACUUCUGAGAAGUGUUGCCUCAACGGUAGGCCAUCUCUUUGGCUUACAAGAUUUGUACCAUAGAAGCAUCUGUUGAGCUGCUGGAGAACUCAACAGGACAGUGAGUUUAAUGCUUACGUAGGAAGAUGAUUCCUGGAAUGGCCUCUUCCUACAGUUCUUUGUGUAAAAUUACUGUAUUUAUAAAGAUUAAUAUAUACAGGGACUAGAAGACGUACACAGGCCUUUCUUUGUCCCUUUGCUGCUGCACCACAUGAAUUGUUGCUGAUUUUCAUUUUGUUAAUCACAGGCUCUGAGAGAAGUGAAAGGGAAGAGGGGGAAGUCCCCCACCCAGAGGAUCACGGUCAAGAAGUGUGUUGCUUACUGCUGGAGGCUUGCCUCUCAGCAACAAACCCCAAAGCCUUGUUGCCUUAAGAAGAUCUGGGAACUGAGGGGAAGGUUUGCACUUCAAAACAAACCGGGUUCUCCAAAAUCAUGGGAGGCUGCGUGGGUCCCUUCUGUUAGUAGAAAAGACUUGUCACAGUCACUUUUAGCCAUUUCUUUAUAGAUUGUACUCUACUUGGAACGCACCCAACAAACCCAUGCAGAUGGGGGGGGGAGGAGUUGUUGUGGUGGGUGAACUGUCUUUCAGCAAAGUUUGUCUGUUUUUGCUAAUAAACUUCUUAAGGAA